AUGACUUUACACAAAAGUAUGUCAGAAGAAGCACUUGAAUUAUUAAGAAAAUUAGAUGAAGAAAACAAGAAAAUUGAAGAGGAUUUGAAAGCAGCUGUUGUUCUUCCAUGUCAAAAUACACGUUCAUCAGAUUCUUCCAAACAGUUAACAAAUGAUAUUAACAAUCAUUCCCGACAGAAUUCAAUCUCCAGUGAUCUUAGUAAUCUAACGUAUGAUGCGGAAGUUAUUGAAUUAAUGAAUGAGUCGUACGAUUCAAUUCGCAAGGGUGUACCAUUUCAUUUUCGUCCAUUGGUUUGGCAAUAUUUAGUCAAAGAAGAUAUAUCAAAUAUAAAAGAAAAAUAUUCAGAUUUUAUGAAAAUUUCAUCACCGUGUGAAAAAGUUAUCAGACGAGAUAUAUCUCGAACAUAUCCUGAACACGAUUUUUUUCGAGAAAAAGAAGGAUUAGGACAAGAAAGUUUAUUCAACAUCAUUAAAUUACUCCAGAAAGAAACUGACAGUUGCUGCCGUUUGACAGCUCACGAGGGAACCUCUCGAGGUGAUUAA